CAGAAAUCAACACCCUGGAAACACGACACGACACCACAAUUGAGACCGAGUUGGCGGAAGGGCUUACUUCCUCAAAUCGAUCAGUAUGCGUACGGUGCUCUGCGUGGCGCUCUUUUUCCUCGCAGGCUGUGCAGCACUCAUCUCAGCUUCGUCGAGCGACGACGAAGGAUCCGUGGCGACGCCCGAGUACGUGACUUCGCUCCGGACGAGCAACGAAAAGGCUAGCCGGCAGCAGUUGCCAUUCUCGGCCGGAGGCAUCUUUGCGCACCAAGGCAGCUACUAUGGAAAGGUAAAGGGCGAGGAGGAUCUACUCGGUGACUUUUUCGAAGAGGAGGUCGACGAUGACAAAGGCAGAGCGGGCGAGAGCAGCAAGCCCGGCUGGAUCUAUCUGAUCCGUCACGGCGAGAAGUUCAAGGACUCCGACAAGUCUGGUCUCAGCGCAAAGGGGACGAUGAGGGCAAAGUGCCUCGUCGACGUGUUUGGAAAGCACGGAAGGACACCCGUAGACUACAUCAUCGCUCAGGACUUCAAGCCCACGGGUCAGCGAAAGAGGCCUUUUGACACAGUCUUGCCCAUCGCAAAGUCCCUGUCGAUCCCCAUCGACCACUCGUGCGACCGCGACGACACGCGUUGUGCCGCCUCUGCCAUCCGUGCCGUGUCGCGCCGCGGACUCGAUGUCGUCGUUGUGUGGGAGCACGCGCGGCUCACCAACAUCGCCCAGAGCCUGGGCGUCACGGGUCUGCACUACCCCCCCAAGCGCUACGACGUCGUCUUCAAGAUCCGGCGGUCCAAGGUGCACGGCAUCUACAGCGAAGAAUGCCCAGGCCUCGACGAUGCGUGGACGCGCUGGCGCGGGAGGAGGAAGGGCAGGCACGGAAAGGGAGGAAAGGGGGGCAGACUCGUCGAUGACGAGAGCUGGGCCGACAGGCCCGAUGAGGACGCACUCUGAAGGUCACCCCUUUGGCCAUCGCAGACACACACCAGACACCAUGAACAACAUUCGCAGAGCCCAUUCAAGUGAGAUACCCACCCACUUCAUCCUCCGUUCAUUACCUUUGAAAUCCUUCCCGAGAGCAUCUGUAGCAGUAUUAGAUAGACUAUGAUACAAUGAGGCUUUGUU